GCGUCGGAGACGUCGGCGGGUUGAGAGCGCGCGCGUGUUGGUUGACUGUGGGAGAAGAAGGGGAAAGGCGAUCGGCUCCGGCUUCUUUGGUGGCGUUCUCAGCCAUGGCGUACCGCGGGCAGGGCCAAAAGGUCCAGAAGGUGAUGGUGCAGCCUAUCAACCUCAUCUUCAGAUAUCUACAGAAUAGGUCCAGAAUUCAAGUAUGGCUGUAUGAACAGGUGAACAUGCGGAUAGAAGGGUGUAUUAUUGGGUUUGAUGAAUACAUGAACCUGGUGCUGGAUGAUGCUGAGGAGAUCCACUCCAAGACAAAAUCAAGGAAACAGCUGGGUCGAAUCAUGUUAAAGGGAGACAAUAUUACUCUUCUACAAAGUGUUUCUAACUAGAAACUACUAUCCUGUGUUCUGAUUAUAAUGUUAAUCUUUUAAGUACAUGGAAAAGAGUGUGGUUAAUUCUGUCACUUCCAAACUGUGCUUCAGUAUCUAAGAAGAGAGAAAAGAAUGAAGCCAGUUUUAGUUUGUGCAUACGUAAUUUUGAUAACUUUUUAAACAUUGGAGUGAUAUUGUAGUUCUUCAUAAAUAAAUGUUUAUGUUAAUAGUUUAAUCUCUCUGCUAUGAAUAUCAAAAGUACUUUGUGCAGAAAUACAAUUCCUGUGAAAAUGGUAGAGCAAACAAAGCAUUGUUUAAGCAGUGUGUACUAGCAACAAAAUGUUAAAGCACAUGUAUCUUCUACGCUAAUUUGUUUUAUUUACUUCAUUUCUACUCUACUUUUCUCCCUACUGGGGACCCA